AUGAUGACUCAUAUAGAAAAUCUAAGUAUUGCUAUAGGGAACUCUUAGUAAGGGAAGGAUACUUUUAUUUGGAGUUUAGAUUAAAAUCUUCUUAACUCUCACAGAAUAAAAAUAGAUAGAUGUACUGAGCUAAUUGGACUCAAUUAAGGAAUAAUCUUAAAUACUAUAGGAUUAGGUGAUUCUUCUUUAAAGCUGACUGAUAGUGACAUUGUAACUCAAAUUUAUGAGCAUUUCUUGAGACAAAUUUCUAAGAUUUGUAGUGAUAUUCACACAUUGUACUUCGUUUAGGGAUUAGAUGCUUCUCCAGUAACUUAAAUAGAGAGAAGUCUCAUCUAUAUGUAAGCUGCACUAGGAAAAGAAAUAUUUAAAUCCUCGGUAAUUAUAGCAACAAAAUGGAACAAACUUGACUAAGACGAACUUGAAGAAAAAAUUAAAUACCUGAAAGAAAUUGCAGAUAAAUAUUAGAUAAAAGGAGAAGUUAUUGAUUACAGGUGCCCUUACAAGAAAAUAAUAAAAAACAAAGAACAAUAUGGAAUUCCCGUUACUGAUGAAGAAUUUGCUAAAAGUAAAUAGGAAUUGCAUAAAAUCCUUAUGAGCUUAAAAUUCUUAGAGAUUAAACCUCAUUUGGAAAAGCUCCAAAAUGAAAUCGAAAAGCUUAAAAGCGAAAUUAAAGAGAAUUCUAAAUAUACUAGGGAAUAUUUUGUGAAAAAAGAGAGAAAAGAAAGACAAUGGUUUAGUCUCUGGAUUGUUCAACACACUAUGACAUACUAUGAGUAAUAAUAAGAAACACUUUUCUCGAAGACAGAUCAAGAUAUUUUAGAAGAAGCAAUCGAUAGAGGUCUUUAAAAAAAUAUUAAUGAAAUGAAAGAAGCUCUAUAAUAACUUUCAAGCUAAUAAUGA